UCUAGCAAGGGUUCCGGCACAGCCCAGCACCUGACAGUCCCCCCACGGACUUCAUCCCGGGAUUCUGGCCGCAGUCACGGGGGCAGAAGUAGCAGGAGGCAGAGCUCACCGCCCGCGGGGACCGCGGCUGGGGGGUGUCCGACCGCCAGCUCAGUAGAAACUGGGCGGUUGGAGCAUGGUCACUGCCCGCGGUGCACCAGGAACCUCGCGUGGAGUGGGCAGUAUCUGUAUGCGGCGUGGUCAAAGCCUCACCUGAAACACAAGCCCUGCACUUGCUUGUCCAAUGAAUAUUUUCCUGAACGUGCUGUGAAAUUUGAAAAAUGUCUGCUGGCCGCAUCGUAUGGAGGUCCUUAGUCUACAGCAUUGACUUCAGGACACCAAACUAUCUUUCAAAGAAGCACCUAGGGGGCCACCACCAGCUCCUGUAUUUUCUUUGAGCCUCGCCCUGGUCUAGGCCACCGGUGGGUCCUGUCCCACUGGGCGGCAGAACAUGGACACAGGUGCCUUGGUGCACAGAGCCCUUUCCACAGGGGAGCAUCACCUUCCCCCAGCUUCUCACCUUCUGCAGGCUUAGCUGGGUUCCCUGCUUGGCCUGGUUACCUAACACAGCACAUGCUUUCUACCCGCAGAGUUUUACUGACAUCUCUUGGUGCUGCCCCUUCAAAUGUCUUGACUGUCAUUUUGGAAUUUGGGCAGCAGAAGAGAGAAGCUCAUACACUCCUGACUGGCUGUCCUCUGUGCUCAGACUCAGCCCACACGCAGAUGCCUCCUCCCCAUUCCGGGCCCUGCAGGUGGCUCCUCCUGCGGGACUGCACAUGAAGCUCAGUUAAUGGCAAGGUCCCCGUCCUCUGCGGCUUCUGCAUGUGUUCAGUAAGCGAGCAAAUAAAGGGAAGGGGUGCAAUCAGAGGCCUCGGGCACUGGAGCCACACCCUCCCAUGGCGUGAGGAGUCCGGAGCCUGCCCUGGAGUCUGGGACAACAUCACAUGCUGGCCCCCAGCAGACCUAAGCGAGACCGUCACAGUGCCCUGUCCAAAAGUGUUCAGCAAUUUCUACAGCAAACCAAGUACUGUCUAUGUUGUUUCCGAGGGUGUGUGUCUGUCAGAAAGGGUCGGCUUCUCUGUGAAGGCAGCAGGCACCCGGAGCACCCGUUCACUUUGCUGAGCGAGUCAGGGAACGGCUGCCCUGUCACACACAGAGCUGGUUUCAGGAGCAGGAUGAAAAGCUUCCUGCUGAACCAUCCACCUUAAAUCAAAUGCAGGGCAGAGCAGGCCUCAGGGAGAGGCUGGGCCGGGCGCGUCCACUGUGCACCAGAAGCAGACAAAGGGGAGCCAAGAGCCAGCUGCCACAGGAGCUGAGCAGACCUUCCCUGGCAUCCUGCCCCUUCAGGGCCCACAAGCCCUCAGCACUCCCCAGAGGUCCUGAGGCUGCCUGACGCAUGGGCACAGCUUCACGCCCAGGAAGCCUUGUGGGGUCUCUGGUCUGGCUCCCCGCCUCUGAGCUCCCACCUGCUGCCCCAGCCCCUGGCCUCGGGGGCCUGCAGGCUGAGUCCCCAGAGCACCAUGGGUGCUGGCCAGUAGGCAGGGCCUCCUCCUGUGGCUUGUGCUCUGCUACACAAGGCCCCACUUGCUCCAGAGAAGGCAGUUUUGUUUCAUUGUGGUGUGUUGUAAACGGUCCUGAUUUCCAUAACAUGACUAAAUCUGCCUGUGAAAGUGGAAAAGAAGACCCAUCUGGAAACUGGAUGCACAAUAAUUUGGCGUGCAGAAGGCUCACAUUCAGAGGGCAGGUGCCACAGGGGAGCCUGGAGAACUGGAGUUGUGGGCGUGCCUCCGACGACCGCAGGAUAGAUCUGGAUGGAGGAAAAGUGAUUCAGGAAAGAAAGAUUUCUUUCAUACCUGCGACUUGCAAUGUAAGAACUGUCCUGAGUGAGUGAGUCAGCCAAGCGCCCAAAGACUGAGACCAUGCCACGCCCACCACCACCAUCUCUGUCAGGAAGACUAGUAAAAAGUGUCCCCCCACCCAGUUAAUGCUACUCCCACUGAAUGGGUUGGGCUGUCAGUAUUCUGGAAAUCCUAAAAGAAUUGGCACAGACUUUGUAUGGAUGGUUUGAUUCCCAAGGCUUCCAGAGAGCAGCCUGAGGUUCACAUGCAGGCAGACAUGAGCGCUCCCAUUCCUGGGCAUCUGCUGCUUCCAGCCCAGCCCUUGCCAGACAGGAGCCCCCUGGGCACGCAGCUUCCAGGACAAGCUAGAGUCUGAUUCAACUCUGAAUCACUGUGCAGCCUCUCCUCUGGAGAAUGAAAACUCCAGUCUGUUUCAGGUUAAGUGCUUUGUGCUCUCUGUCUAGAACCGUCUUGCAGCUGUGGGGAACAUCUCUACUGCAAGAAAGUCGGCCAGAGUUCCUGCAUCUGGAUGCCACAGCUAGUUAUCUGAAAUAUAUAUGCCUCCAUGUUUUUAACUGGGCACAAAAAUAUGAACCACACAGCUGCUUACACAACUGUGGACAACUUGCCAUCCACGUGGGUGUGUAAGAGUCCCAGAGCUCACAGAGGCAGAGACAUAAUCUGCAGCUGGGGCCGAGGAGGGCUGGGUGGGGGCCCAUGGGCAUAGACAACAGUGGGCUGAGGCCCCAAAGAUGAACCUCGGCAGGGGUAAAUGGGAGGUCUUGACACAAAAUUAAGAACCAGUGGUGCUUGAAUCUGUAUGGCACCUUUCAGUUUAUAGAAAGCUUUCAAAAAGCUGAAAGUGGCUUCUUGCCAUGGCCUGAGAAAUGGAUCUGUGUGUUUUCUGGGAAGUAAUUUUCUCUCUGAAGUUCUCAUCCCACCAGCGGGUAGGAAACUGGGGAGCUCUCCAGGUAGCCAUGUGUGCUGUCAUGGCAGCCAGCACCUUGCUGUGAGCUCUCCGCCUGCAGGGUGAACCCAGGGUCAUGCAGGCCCCUCUGCAUCAUCCGUGGGGGCAGAAGGGAGGCGGGGAGCAGUGUGUGCUCCAUGGAGGAGCCUUUAAAAGGGAGGCAGGAAACAACCAAGCAGGACAGCGUGGCUUUGAGGACAUGGGAGAUUUACCCUGGGGAACUGGAACCUUAGGACACUGCACUCCAAGUAUGGGGGCCCUCCACAUCGGGGAGAGGGCCAACAUGCUGCAGGAAGCCAGGACAGCUCGACAACAAAAGGGUCAGGAGCAGUGCCCGUGACAGCAGCCCAGCUGUGGCCCCAGGGACACCAGAAUCACCUGAUUACAAUAGGAGCUUCCGACAGCUGCAGGCCAUGCCCAGUGCAUCGUCUGAGGUGCAGGCUCAGGACCUCAGGCUGCUGUCCUUGGAGAGCAGUGACUCCCCAACAGAGCCUGGGGGGCAGUGGGGCAUGCCUGCCCCCAGCCCAGACUGAGCCCAGCUGGAGGCUCCAAGACACCACACUGAAUGGGCAAAGGAUGGGGCUUGUAACCACCUGGGGAGCAGGCAUCUCAGGCACCUGUCACCCCGUGCUGAGGACACACGGGCACCACCGCUGACCUUAGGGCCACAGCUCUGGAAGGUCAGAAAACAGUGGGGGGUCUCCACAAAGUUGGGGAAGGACCUGCAGAAUAGAUAGGCCCCCAGGUAACGAAGGCCCCAUGGAGUCAGGGUUGGGGAGAGACUCACUCAGAGGGUAGAGAGGGGUCCCACUCUCCUGAGUCCUAAAGUUGUGGCCUCCCCCACGUCCUCCCAGACCCCCCAGCUCCCAGAGGCCCUCCCACCUUCCUGACCCGCUCUCACUGCCCUGGCCCUCUCCUUUGCUGCCUCACACAUUUCUAGGAAGCUCACCUCCUCCUCUGCCUUCAGGGAUAUCCAGGGGUGUGAAGCCAGAUGGGAUGAAGAACUGGGGAAGCUGGGCUUCACAGGAUGAAGCCCAUUGAAGUGUCUUCUUCAGACUCGUGUUUGGAUGUAUUCAUGAGGUCUGCCUGCCCAGCACCCGCUCCAGCCAGUUCACAGAGCUCAGGGUUCAGGCAGAUGAGGAGCCCACUGCCAGGGACUGAGAUGAGCUCUCGCUCGUCAGCCGUGUGACGCGGGCAAGAGGCCCAACCUCUCCCAGCCUCGGGUUUGCUGUCCAUAAAGUGAGGUCACCUGCAGGGCCAGGACUCCAUGAGUGGUGCAAAUAGGGAGCCCCCCCCGCCGGAUACGGGGGCUUGGGGGGGAUGUGCCACGCUGUCAUCUUGUUCCUGAUGCUGGUCUGUGGACCUCGUGCUACCUGCCUCUAACAUGAGCAGCAAGGACCCACUCUUCAGGGAUCUGUGCUGCCUCCCCUGUGUGCUGCAGUCUCUGAGCUACUCCUUGGCCCCUGUGUCCCUCUGGGCGCUGGUGCAGGAGGGGCUCUGGGCCUUGAGCUGGAUAAACCCUCGGGGUGACAGUGUUGAAGAGGAACAGGCAGGGCCAGGCCGUGGGGCCCUGGGUGCUGCUGAGACCACGUCACCCCACCUCCUGUCCUGAAGGCGCGCUUUUCAAGCCAGGAUGUGCUCGUGCGGCCGACCUCUCCACAGGAGCAGGCUUUGCUCUGGGUUUUGCCUGAUGACUCCAUGAGCAAGUGAACAGGCAGCCUGCGUGAUGCAGAGGAAAUAGGGAUUUCUGAGUCAAAAAACCUGUCCUACUGCUCGGCUGAUACAGAACCACGGGCAUCACUGAGCCCCAGAGCUUGUUUCCCGCCUGCACAACAAGGACAGUAAUGCUACAGAAAAGACCAUGUUGUGGGCGCACAUGCCGUUCCGCAAGCCCCGGCUUAUGGGGCAGGGAUGCUAACCACAGGGAGCUUCUCCCUGGUCUGAGACCCCCAAGCCCACCCCAGAUGUGGCCCAGGCCCCCAGGCCCACGUGUAUUUCACCCAUGACCACCCGGCCCUCUACGUGGUCACCGUCCUGCCAUGCUCAGAUCAUGUUUUACGUGCUGGUGAAGGCCACGUACACCCUGAGCUACAGCGUCUCUCUGAUUUCCCUUACAACCGAAAGUAUAAUUCUCUGCCUCUUCAGGAGGCUGCACUGUACGCGCAACCACAUCCACCUGAACCUGUUCCUCUCCUUCAUCCUGAGAGCCGUCUCGGUGCUGGUCAAGGAUGAUGUUCUGUACUCCAGCUCCGGCAGGCAGCACUGCCCUGACCAACAGUCCUCCUGGGUUGGCUGCAAGCUGAGUCUGGUGCUCUUCCAGUACUGCGUCAUGUCCAACUUCUACUGGCUGCUGGCCGAGGGGCUGCACCUGCAUGCCCUCCUGGUGGCCAUGUUCCCCGGCUGCUGCUUCACAGCCUACCUCCUGAUCGGAUGGGGUGUCCCCACCAUCUGCACGGGGGCGUGGGCCGCCACCAGGCUCUCCUUAGAGGACACGGGGAGGCUGACCAAGUCCACGCUGCUGCUCAUCCCGCUGUUUGGAGUCCACUAUGUGGUGUUUGUGGUGUUUCCCAUCGGCAUCUCCUCCACAUACCAGAUACUGCUCGAAUUGUGCAUCGGAUCAUUUCAGGGCCUGGUGGUGGCGGUGCUCUACUGCUUCCUCAACAGCGAAGUGCAGGGUGAGCUGAGAAGGAAAUGGCGAGGUCUGUGCCAGCGCCAGCCCACCUGCCGAGACCGCAGGCUCCAUGGCUGGUCCUCCUGGAGAAACAGCUCAGAGAGCGCCCUGCCGUGCCCCCGGGGCUCCCGUGCCCCAUCCUUCCUGCAGACAGAGACCUCGGUCAUCUAGUCCACAGGCAGAUGCCGGCAGUCCCCGCGGUGAGUCUGCGCUCCUGGGCUCGCCCCACCGCAGGACUGGGGGUGCAUGGCAGCCAACACAGAUCCAAGUCUGAUUGUUGUCACUCCCUCAUUCCGGCAAUUUUGUUCAGAACAUUGUUUGGCCACACAGACAGACCCAUUUUCAAAGACAGCAGAGGACCCCAUGGCCCCUGAAAUGAGAUGCAGGGGGCCAGAAGGGGGCCCAGCCGCUGCAGAAGGAAGACAAGGGACUCUCUAAUGUCAGCACCUGCUCUGGGCAGGGAGCCCAGGCCUGAGCUGGGUGCUGGCCAGCGACCUCCCUCUGCGCAAGCCUACCUCUGCUUCGUGCCUAUACCACAGGGCAGUCCUCUUGUCUGCAGGACAGGUGCCCAGAGGCCGGCUCAGGACUUCCCAUGAAAUUACUCCUGCAAUCCCGUUAACCCAGCCCGCCUGGGCACCUCUGCGCUCUGUCCCCAUGCCCCAGGUCCAGCUUGAACCACAGGCUCUCCACUCCCUGCUUCUCUGCCAGGAGAGCCACCCAGUCCAGGGAAAGUGCAUAGAGGGUGUCCCCUAGGGAGCACGUCACCCCAGGGCCCCUCAGCCCCCAAACACAUGUCUCAGGGGCCACAGCAGGGGAGGCCACCAGUGGUGGUGGAGGCCUGCUCUGCUGCAGACACACCAGGUGGCUGCCCAGCUGUGUGUCUUCAAUGUGUGAGUGCCACACCCAGUGAAGCCUGGGCCGGGAGCUGGCAGAGCCAAGUGGCAGUGUCCAGGGCCCUCCUAGCUGUUACCAGGUCCCCAUGCCUGUCCUGGCUGCUGCCAGGCCCUGGUGUUAGUGGUGCCAUGGGGAUAGUGACACACUGAGGCCCAUGCACGGGAACCAGUCUACCCUUCCUGGGAAAGGGAAAACGGUGCAGAAAGUAUUUACUAACAGCCAGUGGACCUGGUGACCACAGAGUCAAGGGGUGUCAUUUUACAGUGUCAUAAACAUGUAGAAAUGUCCAGUCACCUGAACCUCAAUGAAACCUGAUUUCGCAUCUGUAGGCUGAGCAGGAAUUCACUUGGACCCACACAUCCUGAUGGACUCAGCCUUUGUAGCUGAGGACAUCACAUUCAGAGAUGUCCCUGCCUCCAGGGUGGCCUGGGAGGGAGAGGAGCAGGUGGACACACAGUGCCUCCUCGGGGCAGAGACAGGCACCCACCCCAGGCCCCCCACCCAAGCAGGGGUGCGGUGGCGUGGCAGCCGGGCAGCUGCAUCUGGAGAGUCUCCCUGCGCACCAGGUGGAACCUCACCCAGACUGGGGAAGGCCCUCGACUGAUUGGGAAAGAAUCCUCCAUCAUGUCAAACAAGUGCCAGCAAGGUAGGAAUUCUAAUUAAAGCAAGAGUAGGAGCGAAUGUCAGCAGCUGUAGAGUAAGGAAGAGCGGAGGGAGGGAAGGGAAAAUCACCGACCCACUGCUCCACGUGGAGCAGAGCCCUUGCCAGUUCCUACUCCAGGGUCACCGGGUGCCCAGCGUCUGUGUGAUCUGCACGGCAUGGGAACUGUAUCCCUACCACCCCAGGAUUUGGGGGAGCCGCAGAGCACUGGGUGGAAUGAGUUUAUGUUCUGAGAACUUCCACUUCCCUACUGGUCUGAAAUAAGACAGGGAAAGAGAAAAGGAUCAUGUUGGGACUUAGAAAGCUGAAUGAAAUAGCAAGGUGACAGAGACGUCCCCACAGAGGUGGAGGCUGGUGAGCUCCUGUCUUUAUUGUGGAGAGGAGCUCAGAGACAAGUGCAGUCGGCUUCUGCAACGAUAAAGUGUAUUUGAUAAGACAGCACACGUUCAGAUGGAGUGGGGCAACCUCAGCGAGGAGGUGCACUUAAGGGGUUACGGUUUGGGAUUAGGGCCUUUUGGAUAGGGUCGGCACAGGGCAUGAUUUAGAAGCUGAUUCAUAAUUCCUUUGAAGUUUUGUCUUAAGAUAGGGUUAUUUAGGUAACUAUUGAUCUGGAUCUUGGCAUUCUUUACCCAUGUAGGUUCAUUUACACUCACGCCUCCAGCCCACGGCAGACUUCCUCCAGUGCAGACCCACUGGACUCAAAUGGGGUCCUCUCUUCCAAGCCUGGUGCCUUGUGCUCUAAAUACAAUUAGAAAACAGAAGCCCGAGGCACUGGCCCCUCCAGCGGGGACUGCCAGCAGGGUGCGUCUCAGGUCCCGUGUCUGAGUAGGUCAUUAUGGCUCCAUUGUACUUGUCUCCUGCACUGGGUUCUCUGAGUGGGUGGGAGGAAGGAGGUGCUGAUGGGGGUGGGCUCUGCUGGUGGAAUCAGGAGCAGCUGUCCCAGAGGAGGGAUAGACAUAGCCUUGGGACGGCGGCCCUGGGUCAGGGCCAACAUUGCCGCCCAAGGAAAUAGCUCCUGGUCCAUGGAACAGUCUUUGGUGGCCAUGCAUCAUCCCUCUGGGUCCUCCUGAGCCUCCAGUGGAACUUGGAGGGUCUAGGUCUAGUAAGGCUCUAGUUAGCAACCUCACGCCGUUCUAUCCUGGGGAUCCCCAAAUGUUCAUUUUUCAAGCUGUACUUUAAUAUGUUGGGGACAGUAGACAUGUGCACAUGAGCUGUGACAAGGCCCCUCUCUUAACACCAGUUUAGAUCAAAUGGAUUUCACAAAUAAGCUUGAGGGAAAGGAGAGGGGAGGGUGGGAGGCCAGCCUGUCUGCAGAAUGAAAUCUCCACGUCCUGUUAUGGAAUAUGACUGUGCUGUACUAGCAAGAGCCGAACAGAUGCCUGCUUGCACAGCCUGCAUCCUCCCUGCCUUGGGCACAGGCCGGGCACCUACUGUGUGCAAGGCGAGCACAAAGCCCCAGGGGUGAUGGGGAGAGAUCCAACCUACUUCUGCUCCAGAGCUUGCGGCCCCAUGAAGCCGGCAGAGCACGCCGGAGGUAAGACAGCCACACAUGCUCACACAUGGGACUGGUGCCCUGGGAGGUCCCAGGACAUGGAGUGCUACGGGCAGGGGGCCUCCCAGGACCUUCCAGGUGAAAAGCACUCCCGUUCUGGGGCGGAACUUCCCCACUGCUGGCUAGUGGAAGCUGCGUGUGGCCCAGAGAGCCCGGACCGUGUUGGGACGCCCCCUGGCCGCCUCUCUGCUGGGUAAUGCUGGGUCGGCAAGGCCAUCCUGGGCUUUCCCAGAUACCAGCCCAGAAUUCUCCUCUCCCUAUGUCCCCAUUGUGACUGCGUGCAAAGUCCACAGAACUUACUUACUUGUAUUAUUUUUAUACAAGGACAAUUUUUAAUAUGAAAGCAUAAUGCAAAAUGUGUCUGAGUAGAUGUUCAAACAGUGCCCAAAGCAGCAGCCCACAAAACCUUCCAGGGAACAGCUGGCAGUGGCCAUUUAAACAGACUGGCUCCUUAGUUUAGAACUGCAUAUAUGCCAUUUUGUGCAGGACUAAGAACAUUGUUCAUUAAAGACACUUCAUGUAGGUUUGUUUGGAAUCUAGUAACAGAGGAGACAAUAU